CCAGGCAAGACAGCGACAGGACUCUUUUCUGAACAUGGCCAUUCUCUCGGUCAAAUUCGCCCCAUGGCCAAACACUCGGGCACCUCCGUAGCAACCUUCUUCAAUGGUCUAUUUACCACCAUAAUCGGUAUCUCAUCCUUGGGAGCAAGUGUCACAUUCUCCUACGUUCUAUCCAACAACACACAAGAUCCGCCCUCGAGGAACCCAAGAUUCUCAACUGAACAAGUCCAGCAAUUCCUCGCCAUCAGUUGGCUUCUCUUUUUGCUUGGACUGGCAUUCGCCUCCUCUGGUUCCACUUUGUUGACCUUCUUCAAGAGUCACUGGAUAGCCGAUUGGGAUGGAAUCAACGGAAAGACAAGUCAAUGGCAAGUCCAAAUGUACGCUAUUCUGGCGAGUGGUCUUAUGGGUGGCUUGAUCAUUGGCGCAUUUGUCAUUUUGUGUCUGGUCGUGGUGGCUUAUUCGCCCACGGUUGGCUGGAUUUCUGUGUCUUUCACUGCCUUCUUCGGUCUGUUCAUUGCUAUGGCCAUCGUCAAUCAAGCCCCUUGGCCAUGGCGUGACAAUACCACAAGUCCAGCACACAGACACCAGACGGCCUGA